CAUCAAAACACAGAGAGCAGUUUAGGAAUUAAUUACCUGAUCAGUGGGAAUUAGUGAUUAAUGGCGGGGAAACAAGUGAUGCUGGUUGGAGUCGACGACAGCGAACGCAGCUUCUACGCUCUGCAAUGGACGCUCGAUCACUUCUUCCACUCUCCCUCGGCUUCGCCUUUCAAGCUCGUCGUCGUCCAUGCCAAAUCCAUUCCCAUCUCCGCCAUCAGCCUCGGCGGACCAGGAGCGGUGGACAUUUUAUCGCUUGUGGAGAAAGAUUUGAAGAGCACAGCGGAGAGGGUGACAGAAAAGACUAAAGAGGCAUGCAAGAAAAAAGGGGUUGAAGUGGAAGUGGAUGUGACAGAAGGCGACGCUAGGAAUGUCAUGUGUGAUGCGGUGGAGAAACACCAUGCUUCCGUCCUGGUUCUCGGCAGCCAUGGCUAUGGCGUUUUUAAGAGGGCUGUGUUGGGGAGCGUGAGUGACUACUGCUCUCACCAUGCUCAUUGCUCUGUGAUGAUCGUCAAGAAGCCCAUGGCCAAGAACUGAUCAAGACAUUAUUGCCCUUACAACUAGAUCUAUUCAAUAACUACGUGAACUUGCCAGUUCUUUUCUUUCUUUUACGAGGGGAUAUGGUUCGAUGUCCAAAAAACGCCGUGUGCGCUACCCUCUAUUUGCCCUACUAAUGAGGAACGGAUGACAGACUAUUUGUUUGAUAACACCCAUAACCAUGUCUCUCUGUUCCAUCUA